CUGGGAGACGAUGCUCAACAUUCCACCCCAGAGUCUUGGCCUCUAGGAGGCAGGAACAGCAGGCCCAGCCAGCCCAGAGGACUCUCUGUCCACAGUGUAAAUAAGGACACCACUGGCCCAUGUCCCGCAGGGAUGUAGAGGGCAGCCUCAGAGGCACUGGGCGCUCCCAGCACCAUGGAUGACGCUGCCAUCCUCAAGCGACGAGGCUACAUCCUGGGGAUAAAUUUGGGAGAGGGCUCGUACGCAAAAGUCAAGUCUGCUUACUCUGAGCGCCUGAAGUUCAACGUGGCGGUCAAGAUCAUCGACCGCAAGAAAGUCCCCACGGACUUCUUGGAAAAAUUCCUUCCCCGGGAAAUUGAGAUUCAGGCCACGCUAAACCACCGCUCCAUUAUCAGGACCUACGAGAUCUUUGAGACCUCUGAUGGCCGCAUCUACAUCGUCAUGGAGCUCGGGGUCCAGGGCGACCUCCUCGGGUUCAUCAGAACCCGGGGAGCCCUGCACGAGGAUGAUGCUCGCAAGAAGUUCCACCAGCUCUCCUCAGCCAUCAAGUACUGCCAUGACUUGGACAUUGUCCACCGAGAUCUCAAGUGUGAGAACAUCCUCCUCGACAAGGACUUCAACAUCAAGCUCUCUGACUUUGGCUUCUCCAAGCGCUGCCCGAGGGAUGACAGUGGCCGACUGAUGCUAAGCAAGACUUUCUGCGGGUCAGCAGCUUAUGCAGCACCCGAGGUGCUGCAGGGCAUCCCCUACCAGCCUAAGGUGUGUGACAUCUGGAGUCUGGGUGUGAUCCUCUACAUCAUGGUCUGUGGCUCCAUGCCCUACGAUGACUCCAACAUCAAGAAGAUGCUGCGCAUCCAGAAGGAGCACCGCAUCAACUUCCCCCGCUCCAAGAACCUGACGGGCGAGUGCAAAGACCUCAUCUACCACCUGCUACAGCCGGACAUCAACCGGCGGCUGCACAUCGAGGAGAUCCUCAGCCACUGCUGGGUGCAGCCCAAGGCACAGGGCCUGUCCUCUGGAGUCAUCAACGAGGAGGGGGAGAGCUCCCGGGGUGCUGAGCCCUCGUGGACCCCUGAUACUCCUGAUACCCCAGCCACCAAGCUGGAGCUCCAGGAGGAAGCACGGUCCGAGACACGGCCUGAGAUACAGUCCGAGUCAAAACCUGAUGAGACGAUGCAAAUGCGGGUGUCAAGGCAGUCAGAUCCCACAGGCCUUAAUGGCGAGCUGCAAAGCAGGGAAACAGAGGAGGGGGUUCCCUCACGGCCUCCAGAGACACACACCUAGCGAGCCUCUCUCAGCCCAGGGGACUGGCAGGGAAUGAUGCAGAGCUCAUGGCUUUGAGCCUGAGCUCCAAAGAAGCCAAGGGACAAGCCAAAGAAGGAAAACUGUCCUGGAUGAGCCACUAUUUUCAUCAGUUCCUUCUCCUUUCCUUUGAACUUGGUAACCCACAUGGCUAAAAAAGCAAUAAAUAUUAGUGCAGACUCCAAA